UCGUCAGCCACAUUGGAUUGCAAGUAAAAAUACCACAGAAACAGAUAUCAGCCAUCCAAUAUGAAUUCAGAAUCUGGAUUCAAUCCGGCCUUUAAUAUGGCCACAAUACGACAAGCCUUUUCAGAGGCUGUGGAGCGAGUGAGGAUGCCGACACCUACACGUUUAAGAGAUCUCAUAAGACAGAUACGUGCGGCUCGCACAGCUGCCGAGGAACGUGCUGUUGUUAAUAAAGAAUGUGCCUACAUACGCACCACUUUCCGUGAAGAGGAUCCAGUAUGGAGAUGUCGCAACAUUGCAAAACUACUGUACAUACACAUGUUGGGCUAUCCGGCACAUUUCGGCCAAUUGGAAUGUUUAAAACUCACAGCCAGCUCAAGAUUUACCGAUAAACGUAUUGGUUAUUUGGGUGCAAUGUUAUUGUUGGACGAACGUCAGGAUGUUCAUUUGCUGAUAACAAAUUGUCUAAAGAAUGAUUUGAACAGUUCAACACAAUUUGUUGUGGGUUUGGCUUUAUGCACACUCGGUGCCAUAGCCUCGCCUGAAAUGGCACGUGAUUUAGCCAGCGAGGUAGAACGUCUCAUGAAAUCACCCAACACAUACAUCCGUAAAAAGGCCAUCCUUUGUGCUUUUCGUGUUAUUCGACGUGUACCCGAGUUAAUGGAAAUUUUCUUACCGGCCACACGCUCACUGUUGAGUGAAAAAAAUCAUGGUAUCCUUAUAACUGGCGUUACAUUAAUAACAGAAAUGUGUGAAAACAGUGCGGAUACAUUAAUGCAUUUCAAGAAGGAUAGCGGAAACCGAGAG